AUGGCUCAAAAGAAAAAAAACUCAUCCAAAAAAGUCAAUAAAUCCAAAAAAGACUCCAAAGUCAAUCACAAGCAAAAAAUUUAAGACAAAAAUGUCAGCAACACAGCCUCCAAAAAAACAAAAACAAGUAUGAAAAAAUCUCUCUCAAAAUUUUAUUUAGACAAAAAACCACCCUCUAGAUAUACUCCUUAGCAAAUUGAAGAAAGGAGAUAAUACAUCCGCAAUACUAUCGUCAAAGGCAACCAGUAAUUUUAAGAAGAUUUUAACAGUUAAUGGUACUCUGAUCACUCCAACGAAGAUUAUUCUUCUUCAACACCUCUUUAUCAACUAGAGGCAAUUAAAGAAGUGCCUAAUUCUUGCCAAGAAUCCUCUUCUGAUUUUUUAAAUUAAUAGCGCUAACAAUUUUAAUAACAGCUAAGCGCAAGCUCUUAAAUACAAGAAAUUCCUUAAUGCAAUCGCCAUGUUUCUUUUUGUGAUGAUGAAUAAAUACACAUCCUGUAGGUUAACCGCGUUCCUCCUGGUAGAGAUAACCCUAUUUUUGAUACCAAAAAGACUUGGAUAACUCAGCUGAUGAGCAAAAAACCUAAAAAAUCUUCCAUCAAAAUAUAGGUUGAUAAGAAAGGGGGAUUAUUCUCAUCUUUGAGCGCGGUGGGCAGUAAUGAAUAUAAUCAAAAGGACUUUGCAAUGCAAUACUUCCACUAAGAUCUGAGCAUAGAUUCUUCUGUUUUAAUAGAUUAUGAUACAUUUAGAGUACUUUAUGAAGAAAACAAGCAAUCUUAUUUUGUAAACACACACUUUUCAUAUACCCAAUGA